UUAAACCAAUCAAAUGUUUGUCUGAACCAACACAAAAAGAUUUUAUUGGUUGCUUUUGUUAUUGGAAGUAGCCCCAACUAAAUGUAACCCGACAUAUUCUAAAGCACCCAUGAAGCCAUUUAAAGAAAUCAUAUUAAAAGGCUUUAGCUAUUAGUCGUAUUUAAUAGCUCAGAGUCUUUCACUCGUCACCGUGUCGUAUUCAACUAUUCAAUUGUAGCGUUUAAAACGGUGUUAAUAAUAUGCGACAAUCAUAAAACAUUCAAAAAUAAUGUUUUUAAUUGUGAAAUAUUAAAAAAACCAUUACAGUUUUCGCCGUGUAUUCGAUGUGAAGUGUUUUGUUUAGAUAAUAAAAAACAUUUUUAAUCAGUGACCUUUUUACGAAGUGUCAAUAUGGAUCCUAGCUAGCCGAUCAGAUACAGUAGUGAACAGUCAUUAUAUUUUAUUUGCUGCAAUAAAAGUACAAUGGGGUCGAAGGAGGCUCCCCCAUAAAACUGUCACGUUUGUUUUGGACGUCAUAAACUCGUCAAGUAAAGGAUGGUGCAGUGUGUUUGGGUUCGGAGCGAUGAGCGGGCGGCGAGCGAUGCUCAUAUCGGGUCAGGCGGGUCGUGUGCUGGAGUGGUAUCGUGAGAGGGUGUUCCAUGUGGCGUGUGAUGUGUGUGCGAGAUGUCCAGCAAGCCCGCGAGUGUCGCCGCGGCGCGGGCGGGCGUGGCUGGAGCGCCGCGCGUGCUGCUGUACGUGGCGGAGCCCCGCCAGUUAGAGGCGGCCGCCGCCAGCCCAGACACCCCGCCGCAGCGUUUAGACGCGCUCUACGAGAACCUGCCCGCCAAAACCGUCUAUAACGAUAGGAACUUCUACAAACCCUACAGUGAACCAGACAAAUUCGUCGACUCACAGACAACAUUCAUAAAGGAGCAGAGAAGUGAAGAACGGCCCAGUGUCAAGAGAACCACCUGGGACAGUGAAUACUUACAGCUGGACAGUGGUGAGUUCCAGCGAUGUGGAACGGAUAUGCCCAUAAGUGUGCCUAGUGAUUCAGUGCAAAACAGUGAGAGAGAUUUAGGAAAAUAUGUGAACUACCAUCUAUUAGAACAGAGUGUAACUCACCAGUCUAUAGUGAAUCAGAGUAUAAAUAUACUGAAUAGGUCUAUAAGUGAUAAUGAGGGCAGCCCCCAGUUGGUGCGGACUGCUGAGGGUGUUGUGCUUGCUGUGUUGCCUUCUGUGCAGGAGUCGGAAAGAACUAUACAAAGUGAAAUCCCACAGAGCAUUAAUGUUCCACUUGGCUGGAGAAGGAUUGUGAAUGGAUUAUCAGUCCUCUAUGUCAGUCCGAGUGGAACAGCGUUGAGCACGCUGCCCCAGCUCCGAGAGUACCUCCAGACGGCUGGCACCUGCAAAUGUGGCCUGCCGUGUCCAUUGCGACCCGAAACUGCAUUCAGCUUUGAUCCAAAGGUGGUGAGCAAACCGUACCAAGCCGCCUCCGGAGCAGAGUUGACUAAACUGUGCAACCAUAAACGGAAAUUGCUCGCGACGUUACAAGCGCGCGCGCAGUCACCAGCCACGCCACCGCCCCAGACUGAACAGAAGAAAGGUGUGGAUCCGGCUAAAAAGAAAAUGAAGAAAAGGACGGGUUUUGCGCCAAAUAUGAGCGUGUCUCAAAUGAUGGUGCAAAGGGAGAGACCCAUCAAUGAGUUCAAGGCUUUGGAAGAUCAGAAAAGGACAGCGUCUCCUGGAUCUUUAGUUCAACGGCCUGCUAAUCAGCAGUGUUUACCUUUCCCUCAACAAAAUAUGGUUAGUGUUAUCCCAGAAGAAGUAAAACAAGAAGCGCACGUGCAGAGAAGUUCACACUAUUUGACUGUUAGUAGUGGUUGGAUAACUCAGCACCCAGAAAAUAUUGAAAUGAACCAGAAACCAAACCAGGCUAUGCCAUCCACUGUCAAUAACGCUUUAAACGUUGGUCUUCCAGUAUUGGGAACUAAUGGACAGAUAAUUGGUGUUAAUACAAGCUACAAUAAAACAGCUAACGUAAAAAAUUCUAUGAGUAUCAUCCCACAGAAUGUUAUAGAACAGGAAAGAAAAGAAGAUGACAAGGAAUUGCAACUAAAACAGACGAAAGAGGAGUCUCAAAUAUUUUGCGGAUUAAAUCAACCUCUUACGCCAGAGGUUAUGCAGAAAAUAAAUGAACAGCAACAAAUUUUCAUACAAAGAAAUCAAAAGCAAAUAGAGGUCAUGAAAGGCUACAAAACGCAAAUGACGGAGAAUAUAACUAAGAAUAGUCAAGUAAUGCAAAAUCAGUUUGUGCCACAAAACCAAUUGGUUAUACAGAAUGGCGCUGUUGUUAAAACAAAUUCAGCAAAAACUCCGCCUUGGCAGGUUAAAAGAACUGAUGGUAACCCUAACUCAUUAACAAGCCCAAGCCCAAAGUUACAGAAAAUGGAUGGUUUGGAUUAUGAUGUUAACACAAAUCCUGAAGAAACCCCCCAAACAAAUAAUUUCCCUAACAACGAACAACCUAUGAACCAAGUGAUGUGCCCCAGGGUGCCUCCAUUACCGCAGCAUUAUAACAUGAUGAGUCAGCAAUGGCCCAACGUAGAUCUUAACAAGAAGAAAGGGAAGGUUACUAAAACACCUAAAAAGAAAAAUAAUCAAAUAGAAAAUAAGCAAAUUGUCUUUGGAAACAAUGGAAUGAAAUAUUUGCAAGAUCAAAAGAAGACGAGUGACGAUAUCAUGAGCAGCAAUGUUCCAUCAUUUAUGGAUGAUCCAAGCGGGUACUUGGCACAACAAACUGUUCUUUUAAACAACACGAUAUCUCGUCAAGUUGGCGUCAAUUCGGCUUAUGAAGGACAUCCUUACGAAGCUUCUACGAGUUCUUACAAUCCACAAAAUCAGGCCGAAAAGGGGAAACCAAUGAAUAAACAGUAUGAACCAAUCAAUGUGUUCAGAAAUAAUAUGGUACCAAAUUCAUCUCCCUCGCCUCAUACGCCGGACAGCAGCAUUGUGCCUGAAAAGGCUUCCGAAAAUAUCAUGCCACAAUGUUGCAAAGGCUGCAAUGUAACAUUCAAAGGAAACAAUUGCGAAGGUGAAACUCACAUGAGACAUAAAUUCAAGCAUAAUAUUUACCAGGAUCUCGAAACGGCUAGUCCAAAACAUGGUUUCGAUGAGAGUCCUGUCACAUCGUCGACUUUUCUCGAAAGAAAUAGCUUGUCGAAUGAAAAUUGUGGGCCAAUUCAGGCGGGCGUGGUCAGCACCAGUAACGUGUCACCAACAGAGACCCUGCAGCCUCCAGAGCCUUCGCCGACGUUAUCUAAUAGUUCGCGAAGUACUGACACACCACACAGUGGCGGUAGCAACGGCUCUCAACAGCAGAAUUGUACAUUCCCUAUGCCCAGCCCGGCAUAUUCUAACCCCGGAUCUUGCCGUGAUAACUUCAGUAGUAACCCCCCAACCCCUAAUAGUCAAGUCUACCCUUACAAUUCACCUGGGCCUCCCAACCCUCAAUCGAUAACCGGAACUCAAAUGAUGCACUUUAUAUCAAACCACAAUGUAAAUAAGAACCUUAUGGAAGUAGAUAACAUAUCAAUGGUCGGCGUGAAACCAGGCCUAAGGCAGGAGACGUUUAGACUCGAACCCAGAAGGAGGUAUGAAAAUGCCAUGCCAGGUUAUUGUCCUCCACCUCAUUUAGGGGGUGGGCCACCGUAUUCGUUGAUACAAACGAAUUACAUACAAACGUUUGUCACUACCAUGGCAAGUUUCUCUGUGCUUAGGGAUACGAUAACUUCGGUUUUAGCUGGUAAAGCCAACACGGCAACGACGUCUAUAAAUGCUUCACAUGCUAAUUUCAUCAGACCUCCGCCACCUCCAAGCGUCAAUUUAGCGACGACGUAUGCGAUACCAAAUAAUCAACCGGAUCCAUUUAUAAAUUCUGUUAAUCUACCGACGAGUUACCCUCUUCAUAUCGCUGGUACUACGGCACAAAAUAUGAUCUCAAAGUCUCCAUUAGAAAUGGUUCAAAAUGUGAUAAGCAGUCUUCCUGCUAAACCGGAAACAAGUAAUACUCAAAGUAUAUCUCUGACUGUGGGCAAGAGAGCCACUCCAGGUCAGAUUGUGAUCUCAUCCACCGGUCAGAUAAUAGUCAGCAGCAACCACAUGCCACCCCCGCCACCUAAAAAUACUUCGGCGGUAUCGCAAAUGUCCAAUGCUGUGACAAAUGUAACCUCUUCAGUGAGCCAAAUGGUUCCAGGCGGUCAGUCGAUGCUGAAUCAACCGACAGUUGUAGUCAAUACUUUGCCCACGCCUUUUAUGAUUCAGCCUCCCAUGAUGGCUGUUGAUGGCCAAGUUGUCCAACAAAAUACCGUGCUUCCUCAAAUCGUGACGGGAGGUCUAGUGUCUGGCCAGUCUUGCGAAACAUCUCGGCAGAUUGAAGUUAAGAACGGCCAAAGUUUCGUGCAGGGUGUCGCAAUGCUGUCGCCGGAAAGUAUCAAAAAGAGAAGUAAGAAGAAGAAAAAUCAAACUGCAAAUAUAACUAACGUCUUGCAAAUAACGGCUCCACAGCAGAAUCCCAAUAACAUUAUGCUCCACUCGUCGCCUCAGCAAAAUUCUAGUCCACAGUUUUCUCCACGUGGCUUUCAGCUGUCUCCGACAAACAAUAUUUCACCAACCCCAAUGCUGCAAGCGCUUACAAUUGUUCCCGGGAAGUCUGGUACUCCCGCACAUAUCGUCAUGAACGGACAAGGCAACUCCAACAAUUUUGGAUCACAACAAAUCAUCACAAACACAUCACCAUCGCAACAAAUAAAUUUAUUGCAACCCGUCAACUUGAUAAAUAAUGCUAGCAACGUGAUGUCAAACUUCCCGACGUUCCAGCAGUUCAUAGUGCCUAAUCUCGGGGGAAUGGUUAUGACAGCCGAUGGCACGACAAUUAUCCAGGAUAAUUCUUCUGGAAUGCCAAUGCAAUUACAGUUACAGACUGUUAACGGCCAAAAUGUUCUUACGCCGGUACAAAACCAGGGCGUAUUUACCACAGGAACUAACAGCGGCGUCGUCAUACGUCAGAACCAACAAGGCAAAAUCAUCCAAUCCCAACACAGCCCAGGAGCGCAAUUCCUGUCGCCUAACAGUCAAAUGAUGGUGAACAGUCCAAACUUCAACGGCCAGUUAAGCCCAUUACUGGCAAACUUAAGCCCGACGAACGUCACCUUCAACCAGAAUCAAGUUAGAUCUGGCAACGUUCAGGCCCAGGAGUUUAUACAGACCAAUCAAAUAGGGCAAACGUUGAUGGUCCCCUUAUCUCCCAAGCAGGUCAUACCGGCAUCCAACAGAAGUAACUCCACAUUCGUUCAACAGAACACGACAAUAGUGCAACAGCAAACGACCCUCGUUUCCAACUCCCACAACACCCAAUCCACGAACUUACAAGGGAACUCAUCACGUUUCAUGGAUGCUAUGAAUAAAGCACAGAAGAGGUUCAUUCAAACAGAAACUGUAGACGAUCACAAAGAGCGACAGCAAAUACCUCAAGAGGAUAAAGUGAAUUCCGAGGGUUACAAGUUUCUGAAUGAGUUCAGUCCGCAAAUGGGGCAAGAGGAAUUUUCCGUCCGGCACUCGGUGUCCACGCAGACGCUGUUGAACCAGCAGAGGGGUGGCAAGUCUCCCAGUAGUCAGGCUGUGACUGGCAGUAGUCCUCCAGAUACGACGACGCACAGCCCGUUGGGUGCCUCUGAAGCGGCCAGUCCAAGGAUUUACGGGUCUCGGUGUGUCUCCACUCAGGGCAAUUACGCAGAUACAACUACGAAAUCACCAGAGCCAGCAGAUGUUAAUUCUUCGGGUAUGGUACAAUGCGUGUCAAGCAGUGAGCAGGAUAUGGCUGAGUCCCAGGAACGCGCCUGGACCGUUCCCAGGACUGAGCAACCCCACGACACUGAUGCGUCUAAUCUCCUAUCAAACAUGCAGUUGAUGCGUCCUAACCGCGUGGAAUCCACCGAGAUGCCAUAUCUUGGCCCGGCGCAGCAUCAACUCCUGCCCAUGGGCUCCAAUAUAUACGACCGGCCUCCAUGUUACAAGCGGAAAAACGAAUUUGACUCUUACAGAAACGAGAAGAUUAUGAGGACGACCUAUAUGAAAGAUCUGGAAUAUGACAUGCAAGAGAAGAGUCAUUACCAGGGAACCAGUUCGGACAAAUAUGACCGGAUGGGGCCUGGACACGAUGCGAAAGGCGAGUCCAAGUUCCAAGUUGGAGAUUUAGUUUGGGGGCCGGUCAAGGGUUACGUCUCCUGGCCGGGGAAACUGAUGGGUCGGUGUGACGAUGGCAAGUGGAACGUACGCUGGUUCGGCGGCGACAAGGCGCCCAGUAACGUGGAAGACGGAAGGCUGCUGACCCUCACCGAGGGGUUGGAGGCCCAUCACGCGGCACGAACCAAGCACAGGAAGAGCAGAAAAUUGAACACUCUUUUAGAGAACGCUAUCCAAGAAGCGAUGUCCGAAUUGGAUAAGAAAAGCGACGGUACUAAUGAAAGUGUCGAUUCGGAACGCGGUGACGCAUUUGACGUGGAAGAGAUAACAGAGACCCCGAGGAGGAAGAAGGAUAAGAGAAAAGAGAAGUGUAAGAAGAGCAUAAAAGUCGAUACGCGGCUACGGAAUUCACGAUGACAAUUUUUUGGCGAGUUUUAUUAGAAAAUCAUGUUUUUUUGUACACGGGAGAUUUUCACUUGUAAAUACGUUUUUGUUUCAAAUUUUAGACGCCCGUUAGACAUGAUCAAUAUUUCGAUGGUUCCUAAUAUCUUCGAAUAUUAUUCCAAUAGGUUUUAGAUGUAGACACCGUAGUCUGUGCACUUAUAGUCCAAGCCGAGUUGUAUAACAUGUGUUUUUAUUAAUAAAUAUUAGUUACAUUAACAGCCUUAUUACUGCAACCCAUAGUCGCUUAGCGCAUAGUAUUUGAAGACUAAUUUUAUUUUUUUAACUAAGCACUUGGGGAGCGUUCAAAUAUUACGUAACGAG